CGGCCGAGGAGGCGGCGGCGGGUCAGUCGGUCGAUCUGUCGGAGCCGGCCUCCUCCUCCUCCUCCUCCCUGGGCAAAGGGGGGUCACUACGGGGUUUUCUUUCCCCCGCCGAGGAGGAACCGCCGCCGCCGCCGCCGCCACUACAGCCACAGUCGCCGCGAUGGAGCCGGAGUCGGUGAUCGAGGACAAGACCAUCGAGCUGAUGACAAGUGUGAAAAGGAAACCCCAUUCGAAUUCCCAUUCAUUCUGGAUUGGUGGAUCUGAAGCACAGAAACAGAGUUUCAGUGUUCUGUGCCAAGGUCUUUGUGGCUAGGCUGCUCCAACCUGGUAGAGAGCAUGUGCGCACUGAGAUGCCUGCAGAGCAUGCCCAGUGUCAGAUGUCUCCAGAACACAUCAGUAAUGGAGGAUCAAAAUGAAGAUGAGUCUCCAAAGAAAAACACACUAUGGCAGAUAAGCAAUGGAACUUCAUCUGUGAUAGUCUCAAGGAAACGACCAUCUGAAGGAAACUACGAAAAGGAAAAAGACUUGUGUAUUAAAUAUUUUGACCAGUGGUCUGAAUCAGAUCAAGUUGAAUUUGUGGAACACCUUAUUUCACGAAUGUGUCACUAUCAGCAUGGACAUAUUAAUUCUUACUUAAAGCCCAUGUUGCAAAGGGAUUUCAUCACUGCUUUACCAGAACAAGGCUUAGAUCACAUAGCAGAAAACAUCCUAUCCUACCUUGAUGCCAGGUCACUCUGUGCAGCGGAGCUCGUUUGUAAGGAAUGGCAGCGAGUUAUUUCGGAAGGCAUGCUAUGGAAGAAGCUUAUUGAGAGGAUGGUACGAACUGAUCCGCUCUGGAAGGGGCUGUCGGAAAGAAGGGGCUGGGAUCAGUACCUGUUUAAAAACAGACCCACAGAUGGCCCUCCUAAUUCAUUUUACAGGUCACUGUACCCAAAGAUAAUACAAGAUAUAGAGACUAUAGAAUCUAACUGGCGAUGUGGAAGGCACAACUUGCAAAGGAUUCAGUGCCGCUCUGAAAAUAGUAAAGGUGUUUACUGCUUACAGUAUGACGAUGAGAAAAUUAUCAGUGGCCUAAGGGACAACUCCAUUAAGAUUUGGGAUAAAAACGGAUUGGAAUGUUUGAAAAUACUAACAGGACACACUGGCUCCGUUCUCUGUCUGCAGUAUGAUGAAAGAGUCAUUGUAACUGGAUCAUCUGACUCCACUGUGAGAGUUUGGGAUGUGAACACAGGCGAAGUCCUGAACACACUGAUCCAUCACAAUGAGGCGGUGCUUCACUUGCGUUUCAGUAAUGGUUUGAUGGUAACCUGUUCAAAGGACAGAUCAAUUGCUGUCUGGGAUAUGGCCUCCCCAACUGACAUCACGCUGCGCCGGGUCUUAGUUGGCCAUCGGGCUGCUGUAAACGUGGUCGACUUUGAUGACAAGUACAUUGUAUCUGCUUCUGGUGAUAGGACCAUUAAAGUCUGGAGCACAAGCACAUGUGAAUUUGUUCGCACUCUCAACGGGCACAAGCGGGGUAUUGCCUGCCUUCAGUACAGGGAUCGACUCGUCGUGAGUGGAUCAUCGGACAAUACCAUUAGGCUUUGGGAUAUCGAAUGUGGGGCCUGUUUAAGAGUGCUAGAAGGCCACGAAGAACUGGUUAGAUGCAUCCGAUUUGAUAACAAGAGGAUUGUAAGCGGAGCCUAUGAUGGCAAAAUCAAAGUUUGGGAUUUGCAAGCUGCUCUUGACCCUCGUGCCCCAGCAAGUACACUAUGCUUACGUACAUUGGUGGAACAUUCAGGUCGUGUGUUUAGACUCCAAUUUGAUGAAUUUCAGAUCAUUAGUAGUUCCCAUGAUGAUACCAUUUUGAUUUGGGAUUUUUUAAAUGUGCCCCCUAAUGCACAAAACGAGACACGCUCUCCAUCCAGAACAUACACUUACAUCUCCAGAUAACAGUCUGCAAUUUACUACUCACCAAGGAUUCCACAGUCUUUGAACUACUGGACAUUUGGCGAUUACACACCUGAAGACAUUAGCCAGCGCUAAAGUCAGAAGUGGUUCUAGGUGCUGUGUAGAUGCAAAGCAGCACAACCCUAUAUCUAAACUUACCUUUUCCGGUCCUCCUUCACUCAAUGGUCUCUAAGGAAUUGACUAGGAAUUCACUGAGUCCAGGUAGAAGAAAUUCAGUCUAUCCUUCACUGCAAUGCAAGAUCCAAAGCUUCAUGAGUAAAUUGCCCAUAUACACUGAACUGAUGGCUUGUUUUUCCGGGAGUAAAUCAGAUGUCAAGGAAAGACUUGACCUAAUUUAUAUUUGCUUUGCACUUUUAUCUGACUCUGAAGAAGAAAAACAUUCUCAGUGAAAUGUGGGUGCCAAACACAUACCCAGAAUGUACAGGGCUUUACUUUCAAAGUCAUCCUCCUCCUGUAGACUGUACGUUUCAUGACUGAUGCGGAUCCUGUUCUGUUUGCUAGGAGUAUCAAUUGGACUGGUAGAAAUAUUUCUGAAUGGAUCAGUAAUAUUUUGGAUGAUAGUUUACUUAUUUCUGCACCAGUAAUUUGCUUUAAUUUAAAGAUUGUAAAUUGGGCUAGAUGAUCUAAACUAGGUGUACAGCACUGUUUCUUCUUCUUCUUCUUUUAAUUGUGCUCUGUACCACAGCCGUCCUCCUCCUCCUCCUCCUCCUCCUCCUCCUCCUCCUCCUCCUAAUGUUUGGUAUAGUUGGAUCCUUCACGUGUGCUUGCCUCAUUAUUUCCAAUACCGUAACUGUAUAAGCAUGUAGAUAUAAUGUACAUAAAACAUUGUAACCUCCAAGUGCUGGAAGUCUGGGCCUCCUGAUACUGUAUACAGAAGCCGAGGCAUACGCUUUUAAGCACCCAGGCAUUCUUACUACUGGCACCAGAUGGGGUUGGGAUGUAUUCCUGUAGAAAUAAUUUCUGACAAAAGGAGGAUUUUGGUAUUCAUUAGGAUUUUUCCUUUUUUAAAAAUAAAAUAUGGGAUGCAUUAUCUUAAUGUUAACUUCUCUAAAUAAAAUAAAAGUUGAAUUCCACUUUCCCUCCCCCCAUUGCUGCAGUGUUUGCAAAUCGUCUGAAGCCAAUGGCCAAAGUUGCAGAUAUUCGUAGCACCUUUUAAAAUCCAUUCAAAUAGUCCUGGAUUACCAUGCUUCUAUGCUGAACUGAAGAUGAAUUGUUAUUCCACUGUGACCUUGUAGGAGAGGAUUGCUGUUCCUUACCAUUUAUUUGGAGAAACCUCGCACACACCAUUGGACUUUCUUCUCCCUAUGAUUGGCCAUGGCUACUAGUCACACGUUUCCCCCUAUUUGAAAGCAAACACUCUAGGCAUACUGCCUGUGUAUCUUCUUUAAGUUAUUGCUGGACAACAUCAUUUAGUGGCUUCUUCUAAUGCUCGUUUUAGAAAUUAUUAACUAAUAAAAUAUAAUACUGAUUGGUCUAGGAGCUGUAGUUGGCAUGAAUAUGGACACUGUCAUUCCUUAGUCAUAUGGGUUUGUAUUUGUUUUUUUCUUUGCUGCCGCUCCUGAAUUCUCUCUCUCUUCUCCCCCCCACCCCCUUUUGGUUGAGGGGUCAAGGAAUGUUGAUAACCAAUUUAAAUGACCAAUGAAUGAAUAUUGCUUAUUUAGUGGAACAGCUGUGGCUGGAUAUUUCACUCGCACACACCUGCCAGCUUGUCAGUCAAAUUUAAAAAAUAAAGCACACAUCAGAUGUGAAGAAGGCGCAACUUGAGCUGCUUCUGGUAUUCCACUCUUUACCUCCCUACAAGUUACAAUUCUACUGUUUUGAGCUCGUAAAUUCCCCUUCUGAAUGGACACCGCAAAAAUAAGACUUGUGACGUGGAUAUGAUCAAAUCUCACAGAACCUGUACGAGGACACAUUCCCAUGUUCUCAGUUUUUAAUACUGUUGACAGUUGUGGAAGUGGAUUACUUCCCCCUGCCUCUCCCCCCCCCCCCCCGUGUCAUCAAAUAGCUGUAAUAUGAACGACUUCCUAUUGCAGUCCCUGAAGACACAGAUAUUUAUGGAGAACUAUCCUUUUUUAAUGCAUGUGUAAGAUGAAAUUCAUGUUUUUUUCCAUGGGAAAUAAUGGUAUUUGAAGAUGCAGCCUAAACUACUUUUGAUUGUGCUUGGUGUAACAUAGCUGUGGAGUUUGUGACUGGCACCCAAGGAACUUUGCUCCUGGGAUUAAUGAUAGUACUGGCUGUACUCUGGACUUUGUUUCGCUAAUCAUAACUGAGCAGCUGUAUGUUACUGCUAGAUUAAUGUUUCAAAGCACUGGGAUAGUCUUAUUCUAACUUGUAAUUAUGUUUGCCAGUUACCUGUUUGGAAAGUUUGUGUAUGAACAGCUUAUUGGACAAAUGUUGAAUUGUACAGAUAUUGUUCAUGAUAUAAGGCUUUGUACUGUGGAA